AUGCGGCCAUGCAAUUAUCUAGUCCCAAUCACCUUCAGCCACCAACUGGAAAUAUCCAGACCACUCUCCAAUACCAUUAACCGAAAAUUUCCCCAUAUUUCUACCCAAAAAAAAGUCCCCUAUAAUGGUCAUAGCCACCUCUUCUUUCAAUUUCACUUGCAUUGCAUUGCAUCCCAGCUUCCCUUCUACCAAACUCCUCUACACUCUACAGCUAACCUCACUUGGUUGAGAAUGGAGGAAGCCAACGGCGAUUUGCAGCAGGGGAAACUAGUCGUCGGAGCUUUCGUUACGAUCGUUGCAGUGUCGAUCGUUGCCUUCUGGUUGAUGAAGAAAGGCAACAAGACACGACAAGCAGCCCCAUUGCCACCCGGCCCACGCGGAUUACCAGUAAUCGGGUACUUGCCAUUUCUAGGCAUCCAUCUCCACAAGAGCUUCACACAGCUGGCCCGAGAUUACGGCCCAAUCUACAAGCUUUGGCUCGGACACAAACUCUACGUCGUGAUUAGCUCACCGUCGCUGGUCAAACAAGUCCGCGACCACGAUGUAACUUUCUCAGAUCGAUACCCCUCCACUGCUUCCAAAAUCCUUUCCUUCGGCCGGAAUGACAUUGCUUUCUGCCCCUACGGCGCCGAGUGGAGAAAGCUGCGGAAGGUCUUCGUCCGAGAGCUAAUGAGCAGCGCCAGGCUCAAUGCUUCCUACGUGCUGAGAAAGCGGCAUGUUGAGAAGGCUAUUAAGGAUGUGUACCAGAAGAAGACGGGCAAGGCUCUGGACUUUGGGCAGUUUGCGUUUAUGCUCAUAUCGAACACUGUUCUUAGCAUGCUCUGGGGUAGCACGGCACAUGGAGAGCAAGGGGAGAUGUUGUCCUCGCAGAUCCGAGGAGUAGCAGAGGAAUCCAUGGUGCUGCAAGGGGCGCCCAACAUCUCCGACCUGAUCCCAUCACUCGCCCGGUUUGACCUGCAGCGGGUGGAGAGGAAAACCCACGAGACAUUUCGGAGGUUGGAUCAAAUUGUGAGCUCCAUAAUCGAGGAGCGGCGGAAGCUAGGGGAAGGCAACAGAGUCGGCGAAGAGGCAAAAGACCUCUUGCAAGUUCUACUAGACCUCAACAACCAUGGAGAUUAUGCUGCAGAGUCAUCAAUUACAGACAACCAAAUCAAAGGCAUUCUCGUGGAUUCUAUGAUCGGCGGAACGGACACAACAUCGACCACAAUAGAGUGGACGAUGGCAGAGCUGAUGCUACAUCCAGACGCAAUGCAGAAAGUCCACAAAGAGCUUGACGAAGUAAUAGGAAGAAGCAAUGCCGUGGAGGAGUUCCAUCUCCCCAGAUUACACUACCUAGAAGCCGCUAUCAAGGAGGCAUUCCGACUGCAUCCAGCCCUGCCUCUGCUGGUGCCACGAUGCCCUACCGAGGACUGCCAAAUAGGUAGAUACACCAUUCCUAAGGGAGCCACCGUGUUCAUCAACGCUUAUGCAAUGCACAGGGAUCCACAGCUCUGGGACAGUCCUCUGGAGUUCAGACCAGAGAGGUUCCUAGACGAGAACGCGGCCAAGUUCGAUUACUUGGGGAACAGUUCUCAGUAUUUCCCAUUUGGGACUGGGAGAAGGGUCUGCCCAGGGAUUCCCAUGGCCGAGAAGAUGCUCAAUUACAUUCUAGCAUCACUGCUCCACUCAUUCGAAUGGAAGCUAGCUCAUGGGUCGACAGAGGUGGAUUUGACUGAUAAAUUCGGAAUCGUCGUCAAGUUAGAGAAGCCGUUAGUUCUCAUCCCUACACCAAGGCUAGCCAAUCCAGAGCUAUACUACAGCUACAGCUAGAACCCUAAUGAAAACAAUUUCUGAUGUUCUGUGGUUCUGUUUGUAAUAUCAUUACUGCAUAUUUAUUUACAAUCUGUGUGCCUGCAAUGGCUUCUCCAGAGUAAAUGCAAGUUCUGUUAGUGAAAUAACUAAUUGAUUCCAAUUAAUUCAACAAAAUGAAAGAGAGACAGAGCUCUGGAUCCAUUCCAUCAAUGGAGUUUCCAUUCAAGGCAUCCAGAUUCGCUGAGAGAAACCCAAUGGCUAUUAUGUAUUGCAUCAGUGAGAUAUUCACAAUAGCAUGUACUUACCCUAUCGAAUUUAUUAUUAUUUGGUGUUAUCGAAUACUAAGCGAAUAUGAAGCACAUGAAUACAAGUUAUGCCUUGAAAUGAAAGACAAUUCCGAAUCA